CCCAAGUACAUGAACUACUUAAAUAUACAUAGAAAAUUCAAAAGACAUAAACUACUUAAAUGCACAUAGAAAACCCAAAAGAUAUGAACCACUUAAAUGCAUAUAUAUACAUGAAUCACCACUCUCAAGGUGACUCUUCACAUAUUCAUGAAUCCUCUCAAAAGUCAUUCAUUAAAUUAAGUUUAUCUUCUCAACAAGCAGCAGGUGCUAUUAAGGAAUUUUUUCCAUGGCUUUUUUAGCCGUUCUUAGCAGAAAAUUUUUAUGAUUUUUCUACUGUUUUUCUACUCAUGCUUAUGCUAAACCCCACUAAUUAAUCAUGUAACAACCUAAACAAACGCUAACCCUGGAUUUAUAGUUGUUACCACCCCAUUUUUAUUGUUCCUUGCCAACUUUGGUGUUAGUUUUAGCAUUCCUCAUUUAAAUUUAGAAUGAGGGAGAGAGAAUCCCAUCAUUCCCGUCCCAUUCUUUCCCAUUUCCACCACCCCAAUAUUAGCUCCUCAAACCUUCUCGUCUUUCCCACCCUUGUAACUAUUUAAGGACGGUGGCCGGUCACGAUUCAAAUAUAGCCUGCGUCGUCGAAGAGAAGGAGCGGUGGGCAUUGCAGCCCGGAGUAAAGGACGCCACCUUUCUUUAUUAUUAGCUUCUCCCCCGCCUUAGCCGCCCCCUUAAAUCCUUCUCGCUGACCAAAUCAAGACCAACCCCCUUCCCCCCUUCAAGAAAACCCUUCCCUUCCAGUCCUCUUCACCAAUCUCCAACCCAGGAGUCCUCUCCAUUUCGCCCCCCCCCCGGCUGCGGCCGUCGUCAUCGCGCGCGGCCGCCGCCCCAUGCUCCCUCUGCUGCCAGGACUCUCUGCCAUUCCCGCUUCUCCAAUCAUUCAGGCUUGAUUUCCCUACGAAAGCAGGAGAAGAGGAAAAAUAUUAUAAAAAGAAAAAGAAAAAAGAAAGAUGAAGAAGAACGUUAGGGAGCACCAGAUCAUGUCCUCGUCGUCGUCGUCGGAGAGCGAGGUAGAGGAGGAGGAAGUGGUGGUGACCGAGGAGCCCCCGGUAACGUGGGGGACGGCGAGCAGCAUCGCCGGAGGCGGCGGCGGACGGAAGAGGCUGCUGACGAAGCAGCUGUCGAUGCGGGAGACGAGGAGGGAGGCCAAGUGGGAGAAGCGGAGGCGACAGAUCCUGCGCCGCAGGCGGAUGAUUGGAGGCGAAGGGGACGAGGAGUCGUCGCCCAUUGACCGUGAUGGCAGGAGGCUGAGCGCGAGGGUCAGGAGCCUGACGGACGAGGACUGGGACGAGCUUAUGGGUUCCAUCGAGCUGGGGUUUGGCUUUAACGAGGAAGAUGGGGGUCAUCAUCUUUGCGACACGCUGCCGGCCCUCGACCUUUACUUCGCCGUCAACCGCCAGCUUUCAGACCCCAAGCUCCGGUCAUCGCCGAGCCCGGCGUCGACUCCCACCGCCACCUCCUCCGCGUCGACGCUCUGCAGCAGCCCGGGCCCGGCCAGCCCCCUCGAGCCCCACCAGCACUCCCAUUCGUCCCCCAACGAGUCUUGGAAGAUCUGCAACCCGGGAGACAAUCCUCAGCAUGUGAAGACGAGGCUGAGGCACUGGGCACAGGCCGUGGCUUGUUCCGUGAGGCAAUGCUGCUAAAGCUUCCAAACAGAGACGAUUCGGUUUUCCCGAGGAGAGAGGGAGGAGAAAGGAGAGGCUGUCCCGUUUUGGUUUAUCUCACUAAAUGUGAACCAUCUAUUGUACAUAGCCUGUUUUCUUCUUCUUCUUCUUCUUCUCCGCCUACCACUUCGAUCGACUUGGUCUCAACUACAUUUACUUCGCUUCGUGCUUUCUUCUUCUUUCUUCUACCUUUUUUGUGCUUCUCUUUUUGGUCUUGCUCUUCUCCUUCAGCAUCAGAAACGAUCCAACGGUGGGAAAAUAGAAAAGUCUUUCUGGCCGGAGGAGGAGGAGGAGGAGGAAUUUUUGUGGCUUGGGAAUGACUGCAUGGAGAGCCACUCGUAGAGACCGCCCACUGGGCCACCGUCACCUCACCAAGGAAAGAUUGGACGAUCGGAUAGGAGAAAGAGAAAAAGAGAGAAAGGUGGCGUAGUAGGAGGCGGUCGUGUUGGCUCUAUCACGCAGUCAAAUGGUCGGUUAUUGUGGUCCAGCGGCAACAGCAACAGCAAUGGGCGAGAGGACGGGCUCUAAGAUCAAAAAAACAAAUUUGUCUUGAUUUGAUGGGGAGGAGGGCACAAAUACUUGCUGGGGUGUCAUUGUUCUUUCUUAUUCCAAAUGUUACUGAACUCAUUUCUAAGAAUUAAUGCAGUUUACAUUAUUAAUAUUA